AUGCCAGGCCCUGCUGUUCUGAGUGAAGCCAUAGGGAUUGUUGGAGCUGGAGUUGCAGGACUCAUCAGUGCGCAUGUCCUUCUGAAAGACGGGUUCACCGACAUUACUCUCAUUUCGAGAGACAAAUCAGUGGGUGGGACCUGGGCUCGCCACCGGGUGUAUCCUGGUUUAUACAUAAACAAUGUUCAUGGCGAAUAUCGUCUCUCUGGUCUUGAGAUGCCCCUACCAGAAAAUGCCGCGAGAGUUGGUGGGCGGCUUUCAGGUACCGAUAUGUGCGAGUACAUGGAGAAAUACAGUGCGACAUUUCUAGAGGGCAAAGUAAAGUUCAUGCUGCAGACGGAGGUGCUUGAUAUUUCACGAAAUGCAGAGGGCAAAUGGAGUGUACGAGUUGAGAACGCCCAAUCCCGCGCGAGGGAAGUUCUGGCCUUUUCUCGCAUAAUUUUGGCGACUGGGGGAUGUAGUAACCCUAAAAUACCUGCAGAGUUGUCCCCGAGAGCAGCUGAGGAUACCGGCUACAAGGGAUUGGUGAUCCACUCUUCCCAAUUUGCUUCACGUCUGGACGACAUCCUGGCUGCUGUCAAGCCUCGAGAAAGUGAAGAUACAGAUGACGAGGAACGCGUUUUGGUCAUAGGAGGCGGUAAAUCAUCGCAGGACAUAUGCACCAAGCUGGCUAUUGAAGGCAGAAAGGUCACAAUGGUCUUUGACACAACCGACGUCUUCCUCGGUACGGCAUCCCCUCUUCCGGAUUUCCUUCGUAAGAGCAGGUUUCUUGCCGUGUUAUCUGGCUAUUGCUCCCUCAACACCCGUCUCGAACGGUUCCUACACACAACUUCGAUCGGCAGUGCGAUUAAUCAUUUUAUCUGGCGGAAACUUGGGGAGUCCUCCUUUGACGCCUUCCAAGUUCCCCAGAAUUCGCCACUGCGAAGAACCCAUCCUAUGUUCUGGGGGAUUCGCCUGAGCGACGAUGGGAAUUAUCGUCCGGACUGCUUCCAUGCGCUCGUUAACACCGGUGCCAUUGACAUUAUUUCGCCGGCUCGGGUCGAGGGAUAUUCUAAAGAUGGAAAAUCUCUCGUUGUGAGCGACGGCACGAUUGUUUCGCCCAAGGCCGUCCUCCUCGCGACUGGGUAUCAGUCCUCCUGGUCGGAUAUAUUCGCUACCAAGAUGGCUGAGGAAUUGGGAAUCAACCGGCAUGCGCCACACACCACGAUUGAAGCCACUUGGGAUAACUAUAAAUCUCUCAAGAACCCGCCUGCGCUGAAGCCAGAGCAUAAACUAUGGACUACCUCGAUCUAUCGUGGUAUUGUUCCUGCAAAAAAUAUCGAACGACGUGACUUCGCCAUUGCAGGAGCGCUGUUUAGUGCUAACCUGGGAUACACCAAUGAAGUCGUCGCUCACUGGAUAGCUUCGUAUUUCCGCGGUGAUAAGAUGCAUCUGCCCACUUCCGCUGAAGAAGCAAUAGCGAAGGCGGAAGAGAAGGCUCACUGGAUGAAAGUUCGCUUCCCGGAUAUGGUAUCAUGGGUGAAUGAAAGUUAUAGCACUAGCUUCGACUUCUGGAGUUGGCCUCAAGCCGCUGAUGAGCUGUUGAACGACAUGUAUCUUCCAGGCAUGCGGAGCGGCGGCAACUGGCUCAAUUGGGUCUUUAAGGUGAUUGACUUGAAGGAAAUAGAAAAUCUCACAGACGAACGCGAGAUCAAACAAAAGGAGCUGAGCUCAUUGCAGCACCCGUAA